CCCAGCAUUCCCGUUUCCGCUUUCUCACGGCUAUUCUGUUUUUCCACCUCUGAGACGCUUCGCGCCCAGGGGUUCAGUGACGUCAUCUUUCUGCGCUGCGCGGACACCCGCCGGUGGAGGAAGGAACGGCUCUGCCGCUCUUCGCUUCUUUUGUUGGGCUGCUCUUUCGGAGUCAUGGCGCCGUCGCUAUGGAAGGGGCUGGUGGGCAUCGGCCUCUUUGCCCUAGCCCACGCGGCCUUUUCCGCUGCGCAGCAUUACUUUCCAUCUUCAGGAAUAAAGUGGAAAAUGAAAUGUGAAUUCCUUCAAAGCUCCAGUUUUCAAGAUAAAAUCUUUCGUUCUAUGUAUUAUGUAUACGAUCGUUCUUACAUGCGAUUAACAGAAAAGGAAGAUGAAUCACUGCCAAUAGAUAUAGUUCUUCAGACACUUCUGGCCUUUGCAGUUACCUGUUAUGGUAUAGUUCAUAUUGCAGGGGAGUUUAAAGACAUGGAUGCCACUUCAGAACUAAAAAAUAAGACAUUUGACACACUAAGGAAUCACCCAUCAUUUUAUGUAUUUAAUCAUCGUGGUCGAGUACUGUUCCGGCCUUCGGAUACAACAAAUUCUUCAAACCAAGAUGCAUUGUCCUCUAACACAUCAUUGAAGUUACGAAAACUUGAAUCACUGCGUCGUUAAGAUUUUUACAAAUUAUAAUAACAGGACAGGACACAAAGCUGGAAUAUUGGAGUUUGGGAUACAAAACACUCCCCCAUCAGUAUUUAUAUCGAUUGCUCAGACCUAAUUAAAAAAGUCCA